ACCACACGCACUGGAUAGAUAGGACUGUGGAUAAGAGAACCUCCCACACAUAGUUUUUUUUCUUUUAAAGACCAUUUUCAGAGAGAACAACUUUCUGCUCCAUUUUCAGGUGUGGCUCAACGUACAACAUAACUUGACACAAAACCACAGCAUUUUGCAGAAAUGGCUCGUUUUACACUCACAUAUUUUCCAGUCCAAGGUCGUGCAGAGGUGAUACGAUUAAUGCUCAAAGACCAAGGGGCAGACUUUGAUGAGAAAGUUGUCACCAUGGAGAUGUGGAAGGAGGGCACACUCAAAGCCAGCUGUUUGUUUGGUCAGCUCCCUAUGUUUCAAGAUGGUGACCUCACUCUGUACCAGACCAAUGCCAUAAGGAGACAUCUUGCACGAAAACUUGGGGUCUAUGGCAAAGACCAGAGGGAGGCUGCUCUUAUUGAUAUGAUGGAUGAAGCCCUGCAAGAUAUCCUGAACAAAUUCAUUAAACUGAUGUUUGAAAAAGAUGACACUGGUAAAGAGGGGUACCUUAAGGGACUGCCGAAAGAUUUCAUGCCCUUCGAGAAAACUCUGUCAAGCAAUGAAGGAGGCUUUCUGGUUGGCAACAAGAUCUCCUUAGCUGACUAUGCCCUUGUCUUACUGUUGAUCCACCACGAAGUCCUGAGCCCAACCUUUCUGGAUGCCUUCCCCAGCCUCCAAGACUACCUAAAGAGGAUGUGUGCUCGCCCCAACCUGCAGGCUUACCACCAGAGCGAUGAAUUUAAGAGUAGACCCAUUGUGCCUGAAAAGAAGGCAUAAAACCAGUGUGUCCCAAGGCCUUGUGCUUUGAUAGUAGUCCAAUGUCCAUGCUAACUCUACUAGGAUUAACCUGCAGUUAUUAUUUUGAUUUUGUAGUGGGUACUUUAGUUCAUUGUUUGUUUACUGUACUGGUGUACGGCUGUCUACUUGCUCAUAAUGUGUUUGUUAAAUGGUUUCUAUUAAAAUAAUACUUGCUUU